AUGGUUAGAGGUCAUGCCAAAGCACAAGCACAACAAAGGAAUGCAGCUAAACAAGGAUCACAAAAAGGAUCUCAAUUAGGAGCACAACAAGCAGUUACCAAAGUUGCAUGUCAGAUUUGUAAAGCUCCAACUCCUUCUUAUAAAUUACUUGUAACACAUUAUGAAGCUAAACAUACAAAAGAAAGUAUACCAACAGAAGAAUCAUUUAAAGCUAUGAAAUGA